UGCCUUCUUGGAGCGAGCUCUCGACUCUCGAGGGUUGUCUCUCAUUCAUUCGAGCCUUCCCAACACUCUCUUCCUGGAUCCCGUCGCGGGUCGUUGCUGAUUCUCUCCUUGUUUCGAUCGAUAGCAAUGGCGACAGCAUUGAGGAGGCUGGUGCAGGUGCGGUUCGCGCACACAGCGGUAGCGAGCGUGAGCAGCGCGAUCCCUAGAUCAGCUCCGAAGGUCCUGGAGAGCACGGUCAGGCUCACAGCGAUCGCUGAGGAGAAUGGUAGCCGUCACGCGAUAAGGGGUCUUGUUGGGCAGACGCUGCUCAAGACUUUAGUGAGAAGCGGAUUGAUCGAGGGCGAAUCUCACAGGACCGAGGAUCUUACGCAGUGUGGAGCUGAGUGCGAGGUCAGUGUUGCUGGCGAGUGGCUCGAGAAGCUGCCUCCCAGAUCAGAGGACGAGAUGGAAAUCUUGGAAAAGCAUCAACCCAAGGGACAGGCUGUUGAUACCCACACCAGACUCGCUUGCCAGAUCGUCUUGGACCGCAAGCUCGACGGUAUGGCUUUCGCCAUCCCAGAGGCCAGGCCCUGGAUGUCCAACUAAUCCCUGUGUCAAGGAGCAAUCUGGUGUUCAAAGCGAAGGGUCUGAACGCUUACGAUAGGAACGCUUUCGACUUGAAUGUAGAAGGAGCUAUUUGACCUCAAAUUUCUGCAGUGUUGCGAAUAGAGGUGAGGUACAAUGAAUUCCGCAUCAUAGGUCGUGACUCGAUGGAAUUCUUGAUCCGGAAACUGAGAAGUGAGCGAGACAUUUUGAAGUCACAGAGCAAUGGCAGUUGAUGUCUGCCAGAGCAUAGGAUUUGAAGUCGUUACUUGCUUCUUCUAUUACGCGGAUGAACACUUUGACAAAAAUGGACGAGGACGAGGACGGGGACGGAAAAAAACCAGCGCGUGCUCAAGCAAGUGCUGGACUAGAAACCGGUACACGUUUCGAAAAUCUCUUGAAAUUGAUGCUAGGGUUUCUUGGCUUCUUUGUUUCGAAUUGAUUCAUUCUACAUCUCCACCGACGAACAACUUCGGAGGAAGACUUUGUUCAGUAGUGUGGAUCACAUUCGAGAAGUGUGUAUUUCAUAUUCUUUUGUUCGAAAAGGGCUCACUUUUCAGCUCCGCUUUUUACACAUGAAAUCGUAAUAAUAUCAUCCUGCAAUCAUUUUUCUUC